UUCUAUAUAACCUUAGCUUCCGUGCAUCCCAAUAUUUGGACUUUGAUUGCUUUCUCUCUCUCUCUCUGUCUCUCUAUUUCUCUGAGACUCUGAAGCUAAGGCGUUUCUCGGUUUCUGCUCGUGGUGUGUUUGAUCUGGUUUUUUGGUUUAUAGAAUUGGGUGGCUUGAAGUUUUAUUCUUGGAUUGAUCUGGUUCUUUUUAACAGAUCCUUGAAGUAUUGGUGCAAGUAACAGCAGUGGCAAUCUCCGGGCGAAGAGAAACAGUAUGCGGUGGUUUUUGAGUCUUUCUGUUGAUGUGUAUCGGAAAGUUAUCUCCUUGAACCUCUAUUGUAGAGUAAUCCUGUAAAUUCCUUUUCCAAUAAGCACACCCUCCAAUUUUGCGGCUUUAUUUUUAUCCAAUCUAGUUUCCAUGGGAUCCACUUUUUUCAUUGUUAUUCCCUGCUACGUCCGCCAGAUUAGCUGAAUACGGGAAUCCAUCUCUUAUCUUCUCCAAUCUUUCCCAUUAUAUUGCCCGCAAUAAAUCCCACUUACUAGUGUAUUUUUAUUCGUGUACUCUCUUUGGCUCCUUGUUGAAUUUGAUAUCACCUAGUCUACACAGAUUGCAAGCAGUCAGUUUACUGUCCUCUGAAAGAUCGUACUCUUGUUGUUUCCAUCAUAUUGAAGGGUUGAGAAGUAGUUAUGGUGUGCCAAGCAGCGAGCCAAACAAAUUUUCGGGCAUUAAAACACGAAAAUGGGAUUGCUGGGUGUGCCACCAUUAUAGUUAGAGUCAUAGCAUGCUUUCAUCCUCUUCAAGAUUGCCAGGCUGAAUAUUUCCGUCAUUUGCUUAAACCCGUUACGUAGAUUUACUUUUUGCGCCACUGUUUUCAAGUUAAGCUGGAGUCUUUUGUUUUUUCUAUUAUUACUGAGAGAAACAGCAAGUGAACAGCCACUUUUACUACUGCAGAAAUCCUUCUGGUGAUUGUUUUAGUUGGAUGGGUGAGAACUGGGGAUCCUGUUUUCCUCAGCAACAAUUGGAUUGGCAAUCACCCAAUUUGAAUUAUUUUGGUGCCCGAUUUAACUUGGGGCAGCAGUAUACAACCUCUUCAUUCGUGAACUCUGGUACUGACAUGGUUUCUAUAAAGGGGACUCUACCUUUAUAUCCAUCCUCUGAGCUAUCUCACUCACAUGUUGGUCAAGCAAAUGAGCCUCACAGUUGGUUUUACUGUUUGCCUUGUUUCCCACAGGCUUUCACGCCUGCUUUAAACUCUGGUCUCAAAGAGAAACUUGUUACUGCCCCUUGUGACAAUCAUAAGGAGACCAUCACAUCCAAGGUAGAACCUGGGUGUAAUCAGAAGAGAUUCCUUGUUUUUGAUCAGUCCGGUGAUCAGACUACUCUGAUCUUUAGUUCUGGUAUUGGGGCUCCUGUCCAGUCCUUUACUUCUUGGGCUCUGAAUCCAGCUGCAGCAUAUAAUUUGAAGAGGGAAGAUCCUGGAACUAAAGAAAAUAUGAAUAUUCAUUUAGGGGCUAUUGCAGCUGGCCACUUUGCAGAAAAAAAUGGUACUGAAGUGCAAAGUGAGAUGCAUGAGGACACUGAAGAACUGAAUGCCUUACUGUACUCAGAUGAUGGUAGUUAUUCCACCGAGGAUGAUGAAGUUACCAGUACAGGUCAUUCACCUAGUACAAUGACAGCUCAAAAUAAUCAAGAUUGGUUUGAAGGAAGCAUUGAAGAGGUUGCCAGUUCCGAUGGUGCAAAUAAAAAGCGAAAAUUGUUUGGAGACUACAGUCUUUCACCUGCACUAAUGGACACUGCUAGUUCUAUGAAACCCAUGAGAAGUUGUAAGAAUGAGGAUGAUGCUGAAUCUAGGUGCGAAGAUGGCUUGAAUUGGACAUUGGGUGAGAUUGAUUCAGAACCAACCAACAAGAGGCUAAGAAAAGAAAGAAUACGAGAAACUGUGAGCAUUCUGCAGAACAUAAUCCCGUGUGGAAAGGGCAAGGAUGCAAUUAUGGUUCUUGAUGAAGCUAUUAAUUACUUGAGAUCCUUGAAGCUCAAAGCAAAAGCUUUAGGACUUGAUGCUCCAUGAGUAGCAAAAUUCAAGUAAUAUUGUUGUAGCACUAGGUUUUCAGUUACUUGUUAAUUACUAUAACUUAUGGUGUGUGCAGAAUAAGUCAGGUGAACAUGAACUAGGCAAGCUUUGAUUGUCAAUAUCUGCCAGGGUCCUUGUAAAGAGAAGGCAAAUGCAGCAUAAUAUCUCACAAUAAAGUAAGAGUUUGAAUCAUUAAGCCGUGUCUUAGGGCCUAGAUAAAGUAGCACUCAUACAUGGCUGUGUGAAUGAGAAGACUAGUUAUUCUGGAGGGACCCCUCUUGUAAGGAGGAUGAAACGCACGCUGCUUUGGUGUUCUGGGACCCAACCUUCACUUUUCCAAACUUUUUGUAUUCUUGUCAUUUUUUUCUACCUCUUUUCUGGGGUUACUUCUUUAUUGUUUGUAACAGUGCAAGAGUGAGACUCUCCAUAUUUCAAGCUGUCAAACCUCCUGGGACCCCUGAUUUGCCAUUUCAUGUUUCUUCUCAGGCAUUGUCACAAUAUCAGCACUGGUUUUCGGCACGGUGGAUAAUGGGGUACUAUAAUUGAAUUGUGGAAGAACAUUGAUGCUUGUCUACUUGUUUGGAUUAAAGCUAAUGGGGUUUUGUAUGUAGUGACUGGAUUUCGGAUGGCUGGUUGUAAUUUAAAUUUGAUUGGUUUUA